AUGGGACGCCCCAAGAAGGAAGUCAGCGAAGAGAAGAUUGAGCAGUUCCAGAAGGAGCUCGAGGCCGCCGGAGAUAGGACUGAUGUGCUGCUGCAGGACAAGAAGGGAAGAUCCAGAUCAUGUCUGCUUUGUAGAAGGAGGAAACAGAGAUGUGACCAUAAGAUGCCCAGUUGUACCGCUUGUUUGAAAGCCGCUGUGAAAUGCGUUCAACCAGCUAGAUACUCGUCUCCAGCAUCCAUUUCCAUUACCAACUUGGAUUCCAUGACAAAUUCAAUCAAUACAAAUAUGGGAACGUCUUCACAGGCAGUGGCACAGAGAUUGCCCACCAUCAAAAUGGAAUCAAAUUACAUGCAACACAGAGUUGACUCACCCAUGACUACGAUCGAAUACAAUAGAAACAUGCAGGAAAACUCCAUGCCAUUAAAGAAUAAUAAUAAUAAUACUGACUCCUCCUCUCCUCACCAAAAGGACGAGUACACGGUUUUGCUCGAGAAGAAACUGAAAUAUUUGGAAAAACUAGUCGAUUUAACUCCGGGUUCUGCUACUUUUAACAAGAAGGUAUCACAAUACAAGAGAAUUACUCAUUUAUUGGGUGAAAUUGAAGAACUAGAUAUACCAACCACCUCAACCAACACAUUCAUACUACCGCAUCCAAAUGGUACCAUGUUGAAACAAGCACCCAUCCCAAUGAACUCGACACCAUUAUCGUUAGUGUCUUCAUUCAAUUCCAAGGAUCCGGAUUUUAACAACAACAGCAACAACAACAACAACAACAACAACAACAACAGAGUAUCCUCCGUAUCGUCAAUACCUGCACUCUCAUCUGAUUCAUUGGAAUCCAUUGAUUUUUCCAAAUGUAUCUUUGCCAAGUACAAUUUAAAGGAAUUCUUAUCAUAUGACCCAGCUUUCGAAUUCGAUGAACAAUUGUCCAGAUCUUUCCUCGAUACUUUUUUCACCAGAUUACAAUUCAAAUAUCCUCUGCUAGAUGAAAAGGAAAUUUAUUCCUUCCAUGAAGAUUAUAUUAAAAACAGAAUAUACACCUAUCCACCAACAGUAUUCCAUUUCAAUUGUGGUAGAAUGUGGCUUGUUUAUAGCAUUAGUGCAUGUCUUCACAUGACCACGGGGAAAUACAAGGGUCAACCACCAGUAAGGUAUUUCUCCACAGCGAUUAGACACAUUACGAAAUGUGGAGAUUCAUUGGGUCCCAUGGAACGUGUGGAAUUGUUAACUCUGUUGGUAUUGUACAUUUUGAGAACAGAUAGAGAUUCCAUUGUUCUUUAUGAAAUUAUAAGUGAUGUGAUGAAGAUUUGUAAAGAUGAAUUGAAGAUAAACAAAUGGAAUAGUAAGGAUCCAGUGAGUAUAGCACAUAAAAAAUUAAGAGUAUUUUGGUGCGUUUAUUUAUUGGAGAGAAUGAUUUGUGUGGCAGUGGGGAAACCUUACAUUAUUAAAGAAUGUGAAAUUGAUUUACCCUUAUUCGACGAAAAUUCAUUCAAUACCUCUUCUGAUGAAAUAAUGAAUAACAAGGACAAUAACAGUAACAAUCAUAAGAAGGGAGUUCAUUUCAUUAAUCAAUCUUUGAAGUUAAGGCGUAUUGAAUCACAAUUUGUAGAAAAAUUGGGUAUACUACCGCAAACAAAUAGUAAGAAUGCAUCCAUGCCCAUUACCAAUAUUUAUCAAAAUCACGACAAAUGUUUCCUGGAGAGACAACUUCCGACUGUAAGGAAAAUUUUCCAAGAUUUAGAAAUUUGGAGAGCAAGUUGUUCCACGAGUCAUGUAAGAAAUUUUGAAAAUGAAACAUUAAAAUUGUAUUAUUAUCGUUCCGUUCGUUUAUUAAUUCAACCAUAUUUGGAAAUCUUAACACCGGAGGAUCGACUAUUUAGAGAAUGUCAAGCUGCUGCGGGUCAAAUUUGUCAAUUAUACAAGAUUUUCCAUCAAAAGACCAUUACGGGUCAUUCCACACCAGCGGUACAUACAGUAUUUGUUGCGGGGGUCACAUUGAUAUAUUGUAUGUGGCUUGCCAGAAAUUAUGAUGAUCAAAGAAGGAAAAAACUGGGUGAUGAUUCCAAACAUACCAGACCAUUAGUGAGUGCAAGUUUAUUUUCCACCAUGGAUGAUUUAAGAGCAUGUUCUGUGUGUCUUUACGUGAUGACUGAAAGAUCCAAUUUUGCUCGAAUAUUUAGAGAUACAUUUGAUCAAUUGAUGAAUGCUACAGUGGGGAAUUUGAUUGAAAGAUGUGGUCCUGAUUCUGCUGAAUUGAUAUAUAUGAGUUCUCAACAUAGGAAGGGUGAUGGAGAGUCUCUACCGUACCCUGCUGCGGGGAAUCCAAUUAUUAAUGAGAAGGAGAUGAUUCAACAGAAGGAUGGGAUGCCGCCAGCGAUUGAAAGGACAUUUGGAAGAGGACAAGCAGAGGAACAUGUUGGAUUUGUUGAGAAUUCUCAAGUGGAUCUUAAAGAGCAAGAAAAAUUCAAGAAGAAACAAGGAAUGUUGGAAAAGACGUCUGUGCCCAGGAGCCUUUCGCAUUUACUACAAGCUGCGACUCAGAAUGAACAUCAACAUAGCCGUAAUCAACACCAACAUCGUCAUAGUCAUAAGAAAAUCAAGUUGGAAAAUAGGACAAGCCCUGAUGCCAAUCAAUACAUCGUCAAGAAACCAAUCAAUGGCAUUGAAUUUGAAUGGCAAAAUUUUCAAAAGCAGGCCUUUUUGCAGCAACAAUUGGCACAACAAAACUUACAGGCAUAUCUAAGUUCUUUGAAUUAUAAUAUGAGUCAAGAAAACAAUGAACCUAUGCCAAACCAAGUUCCAAGACAACAACCGCAACCACAGCAGCAGCCACUAAACAUACCGCAAAGGAAUAACAACACCAAUGUAAACUCGAUGCGUGAAUUGAACAUGAUUUUAGAGUCCACGAGAACGGCUGGUCCUACGCCACCAUUGUCUCACAUUGGUGGUGUCAACGAUAUUACUGGGAACGUGAAUCUGGAUAGAGAUGGGAAUAUGGGCGAGAAUGGGAAGGGAGUAUUAUUUAGCAACGGUACGCAUAAUAUGAUCAAUAAUAUUUCCACUUGGACCAACGAUUCUGUCAUUGAUUUAAUCAAUGGGAACCGAUCAUCUACGCUCCCAUUUUUCACUGAGCCGCCAGUAACGUCACAGCAGGCCGUACCAAACCCAAAGGGUGACGAAGGCAGUGCUACUGGCAACAACAACAACCCCUUGAGAGAUUCCAUAAACUCAUUGGCGGCGACGUCUUCAGUGAUUACCGAGCCGAUCAUGUCAUCGGGCCAUGUCGAAGACUUCUGGACGGUGAACGACGAUUAUGGGUUCCUUACGUAA